UAUUCAAUCAAUUAAUAUCUUUGUAACACCAUUAGGAUAUGUACCUUGUCUGUUGCAUUACAAUGGAAUAAUGGUUAUCAUUAUCGAUGAUGAUCGAAAUUGUACCUUGGUAACAGAAUUUAUAAAAUCCAGAAAAAAAAAUUGUUCAUAUCGAUAAUAUAGUCUCGAAAUCAAUAUAUUUGUAUCAACUGGUUCACAAGUACUAUGAUUUAUUAUUGAGUGAAUGUACAUUGAUUCGUACAUAUGUUACUAUUUUUUACUUACAACAUUUAUAACACCAAAAAAAUUAGAAUUUACAUUUCUGCGCAGCUGUUUCAAAAAAAAAAUCGGACGAUUUCAAACGAAUAAUGAAUAUCAAUUGAAAUUUGAAAAUUAUUAUAAUUUUGUCAAGAUUGAAAUUAUCCAAAACAAUGUUACAACAAUCAUCAUCGAAAAUGAUGAAAAAAUUAAUCGAAAAUUUUUGUUUUAAAUGGCAAUCAAAUGAAACCAUUUGGCCAAUAUCUGAUCGAAUUAUACAAGAAUUUUCUAAUCGAAUCCCACAAUUAUCGUGGAGCAUAAGUCCAACUAUAUUCAAAUCAAUGAUAUUAACUGAAGAAACAUUCAUCGAACGUAAUACAACGUGCAAUCUUCGUGUAGGACUAUUUCCAAGUGAGCUUCAAAUAAUCAAUAAUCAAACUUAUAUUUGUACAAUAUAUUAUGAAAUCUAUAUGAUGCUAUUACAAUAUUACCGAUGUAGGCAAGUAAUGAUUCUAAUUCAUAUUCAUUGAUUAUUUUUAUACGUAUAUAUGAACAGUAUUAAAUUCAUCGUAUCCAAAGCUAAUUUUGGUGGAUAUCUGCUUAUGAACGAUUCCUGGAAUGGCAUACUGAAAAUGAUUGCGGAUAAAGAAAUCGAUUUUUUACCACAUCAAUUCUCUCGCAAUGAUAAACGUGAUAGAAUAUUGGAUACGGAUUUCAUUACACCGCAACAACAUCUCGUUACAAUAUUAAGCCAUAAACAACAUUUACACAAUGAUGAUCUAUCCAAAUUAUUCACAAUAUUCUCAUUAGAAAUUUGGCUAUUAAUAUCGAUCAGUUUCAUAGUAUUUUUAUUGAUGACAAUUAUAGCCGAUAGAAUCAGAACAAAUGACCAUAUUUAUGAAUACAAAAAUGGCAUUGAUAAUCAAGAAAUUUAUUCAUCCACCAUCGUGAAUAGUGAAAUACGAAUUCAAUCAGAAUCAGAAUUUUUUCGAUUAUUACGCAACGUGUGUGACAUAUUUGCUUUGUUUAUGGGACAAGAUUUUCCUAGAUGGAAAAAUCAAAUUAAUAUAAGACGACGGCGUGAUGCCAUUCAAACAUUAAAAAAACCAUUAAUAUUCUGGAUCCUUUGUUCGUUUAUUAUUCGAUUAUUAUUUUCAUCAAACAUAUUAGCCGUAUUGGUUUCGGAUAAAGAAAAAGUUAUCGAUAGUUUCUAUAAACUUGAACAAUUAUUAAUUAACAAUAAUGACUAUCGAAUUCUUAUGAAUUCUGAAUCUAGAACUGGAAUGAUUUUUUUACUUAAAUAUCCUCAUCUUAAAAAAUAUAUUGUACGAAUAACCAAUCAUCAAUUGACAACAUGGGAAACUAUUAAUAAAGUGGUUAAUGAACCAUAUUUUCUUAUUAUGGGACGUGCACGUGCAAAUUUGUUAGUAAGAUCAUAUAGAAAUUAUGAUUUACAUGUAUCAAGUGAAGGUUUUCAAUAUACAUUGGGUAAUAUGGCUAUACGUAAAAAAACCAUUUGA